AUGGCUCUGUGUUGUUACCGCUGUGACCGUCCCGACGCUGGCCGAGUAGGUAGGUACUGGAAGGAGUCUUCCUGUGACUCUCGGGUUCUCUGUCCUGCGGGCCCAGGUGGUGGUGGUGGGGGGGGUACGGGCGACAACCAGGGUCCCAGGGCAGGCUCCCCAGGCCAGGAUGUAAACUGGACAGAUGCCCAAGUCGAAGACAAGGCGGGCCAUUGUAUUCUGAAAACAUCAAUCUAUGCUCAGAAACGCAAAAUAGAGCACAGAUCUUGGAAGACCCAAGGAACCUGGAGGAUGGCCUAUUCCAUGGUACAAAGUGGUGCUGGAGUAGGAACUUCUGGUGAGAAAUCAGGUAAGAUCACCUGGCUCUCACUUUUGUUUCAGAAAACCUUUGCUUAUAUCUUUCCCCAGUGGACAAAGGAAAACACAGAAGGUGAAUGCCUCCCCCCUAAGGAAAUUGGCACUCUUCAUGAAAACUUUAAUUGGCAAAUUUCUAUUGAUCAGAAUGACUUCAAAAUAUUUAAAAAUUGUGAGAGUCAGCUAUGUGAAAUCCUCCAUAAUAAGUUUGGUUGUAUUUCUACCGUGGACUCUCCAAACCUUCUAGCCCUAGAAGAUCACACCCAGUCUCUGCCAGUCUUCAAAAAAAUGCUGCCUUCUGGGGUAGAGGUAUCAGUCUGGAAAGAUGACCUCACCAGACACGCUGUUGAUGCUGUGGUAAAUGCAGCCAAUGAAUACCUUUCACAUAAGGGAGGUCUGGCCCUGGCCCUGGUGAAAGCUGGCGGCCCUGAAAUCCAAGAGGAGAGCGAAAUCUUUGUUGAGAGAUAUGGUGCAGUGCCAACAGGUGAGGUAGCCAUUACAGGAGCAGGCAGGCUUCCCUGCAAAGUCAUCAUCCAUGCUGUUGGCCCUCAGUGGACAGAGAUGUAUGCAAUGAGAUGUGUUAACGAGCUUCAAAGGGCUAUUGUAAAUAUUCUAAAGUAUGCCACCACAAGCUCUCCAAACAUUAAAGCAGUUGCAAUUCCAGCCAUAAGCUCUGGGAUCUUUGGUUUUCCUCUGGAUUUGUGUACACAAACCAUUGUGGGAAGUAUCCGUCUGUUCUUCUCCCAAAAUGAAAUGGCCAUAAAUUUGAAAGAAAUUCACCUGGUGAGCAAUGAGGAACCUACUGUUGCUGCCUUUAAAACUGCUUCCGAAGACAUCCUAGGAAGGAACGAGCUGGUAAGCCUUCUAAGCCAGGCCACCCGGAUGGAGUACAGAGAACCAAGAGAGAUUACUUCAGAGGAUACUUACAGAGCUGAAAUGACAAAGGAUAUGUUCAAGUUGGGGCUCAACAAUUAUAGUGGUGAAGAAGAGAAAACAAAAAAGGGGCUCAAAGCUAACUCUCCUUUCAUCAGUCUAAUGGGAUCCAACAAAGAAGAGAUGUGUGAGGCCCAAGAGUGGAUCCACAGGAUGCUGACCCUCCAGAAGUACCACAUCAUUGAGAAUAGUCACAUCCUUUACCUUGGAAAAAAGGAACAUGACAGGUUGUCUCAGCUUCAGAAAAGCUCAAGAGUCUCCAUCUCCGAGAUAAUUGUUCCAGGAAAGGCAACAUUAGAGAUUGAAGGAACUCAUGCUGACGACCUCAUUGAGGUGGUCAUGAACAUUGAAGGUAUGCUGUGGGAAGUUCAGGAGGAAAUGGCCAAUAAAAAGGAACAAGAUCUUUGGAGUUUGUUAGGACAAUGGACUGACCUUCAGCCGAAAAGACAGAAUGAGAUGAAAGAAAAUACCAAUUCCAUGAAAUUUCGUGAAAUGCUUCCAAAUGAAGUAUUUCAGGAUAAAAAGAAACUGUUUGGAAAAUGUGGCUUACAGGUUAUAAAGGUGGAGAGGAUAAACAACGAGGUUUUGAAAGCUGUCUUUGAAGCAAAGAAAAAAAUGAUGAAAGGGAGUACACAGAAGGAACCUGUGAGCCACACGUUGUUUCAGCAAGUCCCACACCAGUUUUGCAAUGCAGUCUGCAGAGUUGGCUUCCAGAGAAUGUACUCCGUGCCCUGUGAACCAAAAUAUGGAACUGGCAUAUACUUCACCAAGAACCUCAAAACUCUAGCAAACCAGAUCAAGAAGACCUCUGCCACUGAUAAGAUGAUCUAUGUGUUUGAAGCGGAAGUACUCACAGGGUCCUUCUCCCAGGGUUGUCAUUCAAAUAUUGUACCCCCACCAUUGAUUCCUGGAGUCAUAGAUGGUCAUGACAGUGUAGUUAACAGUGUCUCUAAUCCUGAGACCUUUGUUAUUUUUAGUGGCACACAGGCUAUGCCUCAAUAUCUGUGGACCUGUACCCAGGAACAAGUACAAUCACAGAAUUCCUCAGUAGUACAGAAGAUGGGUCUUCCCUUUAUGUGGAGUUUGUUACACUACUAA